AUGAAGCUCUUAGUCGUUGCAUUGGUCUGCAUCACGCUGCUCUGCUCUGUUGUGGGCGCUACGAUUAUCCAUGACCAAGUCAAGCCCUUCGCCCAACCCGUUCCGGUCACGAUAUCCGAGAAGGCAGCGGUCAAGUACAAGCCACAGCUUUUUACCUAUGAUCGGUGCGAAUCGUUUCCAGCCGUGAACGCUGCGGGUGAAGUCACUGGCGGUCUCAAGGGAACGAAAGGAAAGAAAGGUUGCGAGAAAGCACCUCGGGGCUCUCAGGUUUACGGCCGCUCUGGGUGGUAUCAAGACAAAUGGCCCAUGAUGUUUGCGUGGUACUUCCAGAAGAACGUUAAAGGGCACGCGUCAAAGAAGCGCCACGACUGGGCGAAUAUGGGCUGGAUCAAGUUGGAGGUUGCGUACGCAGACGGCAAGUCACAGGAUCUCAUCAUGUGGGAGCAACUUACGGAUGCAGCUCGCGAGUGUCUCAAUUCGGCGGAUUUCGAGGAUACGAAGAUCAGCGAGAAACAGCGAGCGAGCAGGACGACGAGAUCUGCAGCACGGAGGGGACGACAAUCGAGGGAGCGGGCGGUGGCGAGGUACGAGGGCCACACGUUCGGGAUCUUGGGCACCAGUAGUCGCCUGGACGCGAACGAGAAGACGCGAUCCAAGACGGAGAGCGACGACGAGAAGACGAGUACUGGCGAGCACGAGCAGCCGGUGACGAUGAGAGACGAGCGAGGAGUGAUGACCUUCGCAGACGACUGA